AUUAUACGAUACGUCGCAGUAAACUAAACUCAUUCAACACAUUGCAGUAAGUUGUCAUUAGCCUAGAUCUAAGUAAAUAUUAUCCUUAAAACUGGAUGUUAUUGUUGAAAUUCGCAAACAAUAAUUUAUGAUAAAAAAAUGAAGCAAAGAUUUAUAACAUUGUUACUGUUAAUAUCUUCAUUAUCACUGGGCAACGCCCUAGAGUGUUAUGUUUGUGAUAACCAAGAGGGUAAUAAAGAAAAAUGUUUAAAUUCAAUAAGGAACUGCGAGCACGAGGAAGAUUCUUGUUAUACUGAAGUCAGAUGGGGAAGCUUACCUUACUGGUCCGAGGGUGCUCCAAAACAAUAUUACAUCUCUAAACGAUGUAUGCCACACAAAAAAUGUUUGGAACAAAAACAAAAAAAUAUGAAAGAUUGUACUUAUGUGUGGUACCAAGAUUGGAAGUGCUCCGAUUGCUGUAGAGGAGAUCGUUGUAAUUACUUUAUUUUUUCAUCAGCAAAAAGUCACAGCAUUUCUAUAAGUUGUCUGCUAACGACAGUGCUAGCAGGACUUUAUGGAGUUUUAAAAUAAUUUAGUAAAUAAUAACAAAGUAAUUUAAGUCUGGCGUUAUAGUCAGUAGUUUGGAGAUUAUUAUUCCGUCCAUUAUAGAAUUUCGAUCAAAGUAAUUUACAUACACGAUCAACUGCCUUAAAAUUUUACAAAAAUAUUUAACUCGUUUUUUAUUAUUAUUUUUAUCAAUUAGAUAAGUAUUUAAAAGGCUUAUGCAAAUAACAGAAAAUUAUUUACUUAGAUUAAAUUUUUAUUUAUCAAAAAAAAAUU